CGAGGGAUAUCGGGUUCUGAAACACAGCUGGCCCUCAAGGAGAGCAAGCGGUGGCACUUAUUGUCGCUUCAGACCAUUCUGUCCUAUAUAGAUGUAGCAUCGCGGGCUACCAGGAUACAUUAUAUGCCCUCACGCUCCGUCAAUUCUACAGGGACUGUUUUCCAAAACUGCAAUCUAGUGCUUCGUAAGCCGCACACUUCAAGUGCCUACAACGUAAUCUUGGCAAAUGGAAGGAGUGGCCCAGGACAGAACACUGGAUUCGCCAUUCAGAAUUGCAAGAUCACCACAGCCACUGAUUUUUCUCCAGUCAAACACUCGUACAAUUCCUAUCUUGGGAGGCCUUGGAAAGAGAAUUCGAGAUCAGUUGUAAUGCAAACCACAACAGACGAGGCAAUUGCACCGAGAGGUUGGGUGGAAUGGCCAGGGGCUGGGAGUUCCAUUCUGAGGACACUGUAUUUCGCAGAAUACUGUAAUGUUAGGCCGGGUGCUGCAACUGCCAAUAGGGAUGAUAUUUGUAGGUACAUGCAGAAGUUCCCUUCAAUUCAGUUUAAAGCAGUCAAAAGGGAACUAAACCAAUUGGCUGAUCUGAUAGCCUCACAAACCAGGAAUGGCAAUUUGCCUACUUACUGGAGUACUAACCUGCCUGUGAGCAUCAUGCAACUGGUGGAUAAAGAAGCAAGAGAUGGAGUUGGGUAG